AUGAAGCCGCCCCGACACGUCUUGCACUUUCCUGAUGCCUCAAUCUUCAUCGGACACUUCUCGCUAAACAUGAAGGCUCCCUUGGUAUUUACCAUCAACGUGAUACUCUCGGUGACGGCGACCAGCGCUGAUGAAUGCCACGAUAUUUGUGCGAACGUGAAAAAAAGCGUUGGGUUCAAGGCUGGAUGUAGCGAGUUCCGCAACUCGCUGCCAAGACCGAAGGUUUCGAGCAAAUGUCACACGGGAUUCAAGGCGGCUGUCGAAAGGAACUGCCACGACGCCUGUGUAAAUGGAGGACGCCUUCAGCCAUUCCUUGUCGAGCGCCGGCUAGACGAAGCAUGCAACGGUGCACUGAAUGAUACUCCGAGGCCGCUCUGCCACGACGCUUGUGUUCGAGGUUAUCGUUCAGGCGUCAAGGACAUGACUACUUCGCUCGGGAAACUUAUGGCCGAGGCAUCUCCGGCGGUCAUCACAGCGUUGAAGGGAAAUACUCUGUCCCGCCAAGCCGCCCAAAAAACGCAUGUCGUUGCCACUGACGACUCCAAGACUGUCGAAGGAACAUCAGAGGGGCCGAUUGCCUUCGCCGAAGAUGCUAUUGCCAGGCCAUCGCAGAUGGCUGACCUGAGUGAUCACGGAAACGACACCCCUGUCCCAGAAGAAAAGGAGCACGGAGAGGCCCAGGAUCUCGAAAGUAAGGGCGGACUGCAAACAGAUGCUCAGGUCAUUGGUGAUGAACCCCCGCUCGCCGCCGGCGACAUCUACAAGGUUGAGGACGAACCGGACCUUGCGAGGGAUGCUGAUAGUGCGUUGAUUGCGCCAGACGGAGAAAUGGACGCGCAGCACAAACUGGCGGCAAUCAAAGAUGGAGAAAACAAAGGCGAAGACAACUACAUGUGGAUUGAAGAUGAGAAGGAAAAUGUGCUGCUUUCACUUCCAAUCACGGUGGACAACGUUUUGAAGGAGCUCGUGAUUGUCAAAGGCGAUCAACCGCUGGACGUAGUGCUCGCGUUUUGUAGGGAAAAUAUGCCGGAAGAAGGUCCCGCCUGCGCAGAUGAACUCAUUCGUGUGGUACAAGACAAGAUUUCUACCGGAAAGGCACCGCAAGAGGAGUAUAUUUAGAGUGCAUCCCAUACGGUCGGGUGCUGUAACUCUGUAGGAAGGCUAGUACGUCUAUAGCAAUCGUUUUGUCAUUUACGGGGACCACACGUUUCGGACACCUAGUAGCUCUUUUCAGGCGUUGGAGUUAGAAGCAUGGAACCAACCCUUUUAAGCGGGAUUGACCGUGAUGCCCAGAAGAACUGGUGCUAGUUUUCAUUUGAAGCCAGGUAUCGUCUUGGCACGCCGAGAAGCUUAAGAGUUCAACUCUUCAAGUAGAGGUGUUGUGCGCGGUCCUGACUGUACGUAUGCAUAGACGAUAUGUAUUUUUUCAACAUUUUUCUAGGAAGCGGGAAAGGUCGUUGUUUCCAGUAGCCCCUCUCAAU